AGGGCGGAGGAGGGCGGAUUUGUUUUGGGUCGGGGGGGUUUGUUCUACUUAGGGGGCGGGGAGCGCCCCCCACCCCCGGUCGCCGCCAUGAAGAAAUUCUUCCAAGAUAUCAAGGCCGACUUGCAGUUCAAGACAGCCGGGCCGGGCCAGAAACUCAAUGAGUCGCCUAGCAGGGAAAGACACCCCAAAGAGAAGUCCAAAGCCGAGCCCUCCAAGUCUCGCCACGGGCCGACCGAUGAAGCCCAGAUGGCGGCUGCCGCAGCCCUGGCCAGGCUGGAGCAGAAAGCCAAGCCUCGGCCCCCGUCGUCUCAGGACGCCAUCCGGAACCAGGUGAAGAAGGAGCUUAUGGCUGAAGCAGCCGCGAGCGAUAACGCAGCGCCUGCGGAUCGGAAGAACUCUGUGCCCGAGGUCGAGGACAACCCGUCCGCCCUGUCCGUCUUGGGAGUCUAUUUCACCUGCCCCUUAACGGGGGUCACCGUCCAAAAAGACAAAAGGGAAACGCACGUCAAAAACGCCAUCCUCGAGCACGCUGCUAAAGACCCCGUGGCUGCGUCCGUCAUGGAGAUCCAUACCUUCAACCGGGACCGUGAGAAGGUCAGACUCGGCGUGGAGACCAUAGCCAAGUACCUCGAUAACAUCCACCUGCACCCAGAGGAAGAGAAGUACCGAAAAAUCAAGAUUCAGAACAGAGUCUUCCAGGAGAGGAUUCACUGCCUGGAGGGGACGCACGAGUUUUUCCAAGCUGUCGGCUUCGAAAAGGCCACCCUGAGUGUUGCGGGACAAGAAGACGCCACAGAGGACUUCUACGUGCUGAAGGAGGCGGCCUUGGAGAAGCUGGACGACCUGAAGGCUCACAAGGAGCUGCUGCUUAGCGGCGAGCCGCUCCGGGCCCAGCUGGACCGGCAGCGCCGCAUCUUCACGCCCUCCCCCCAGGCCUCCCGCUUCGAGCUGCCCGGCGACUUCUUCAACCUCACCGCCGAGGAGCUGAAACGCGAGCAGAGGCUCCGGGCAGAAGCUGUCGAGAAGGCCUCCAUGCUGAGGACCAAGGCCAUGCGGGAGAAGGAGGAGCAGCGAGAGAUGCGGAAGUACAACUACGCCCUGCUGCGGGUCCGCUUUCCCGACGGCUACAUCCUGCAAGGGACGUUCUAUGCCCGAGAGCCCGUCUCAGCGCUUCACCAGUUUGUACGGGAGACCCUGCAGAACGACUGGCUGCCCUUUGAGCUGCUGGCACCCGGGGGCCACAAACUGACGGACGAGAGCCUGGCCCUCAAUGAAUGCGGGCUGGUGCCCUCUGCGCUCCUGACAUUUGCCUGGGAUGCCGACGUGAUGGCCGACAUAAAAGCUUCGGGAGCCGAACGGAUGGGAAGCGUGCUGAAACCGGACCUCCUGCUGGCCGUGCAGACGCUGUCGUGAAAAUAAUACUAAUAAAAAAGUGCAACCAGG